AUGGUCAGAUCCUCAGAUGGUGUGAACUGGCAUGGUUCCAUUGCAGUGAAUGGAGUUCUAGUGAGAAACAGCAGGUCAGUGAAGCCUGGCAUGAAUGACGUGUGCCUGAUAUGAAUACGUGUGUUGCAAGUUGGCAACAGAAGCAAGGACACACAGUCAAGGACUGUUAGAACUCUUUGUGCAAAAUCAAUUUUGUUAUGUUCCAAGAAAAAUAUGGAGAAUCCACAGAAAAGGAAACAACACCAGCUGGACUGAUAUAAAAUUGUAUAAAAAUUGGAGGAAAUGACAUGCCUUGGAUCAUGGUGGCCCGCCCAGGAUUGUCUCUUUAGAAUUGUGUGGGGAGAAGACCUCGUAAACAAAGGCAAAGAACCAAUGACACAACAGAAUGGGCUGUAAAUGAGUGCCUAUGAUUUCGUCAAAUCAGAGUCGUUUAUUGAUCCAGAGCCCCGUGUGGAUAUAGAUGCAGUUUUCGCUGGCUCCCUGCGUCUUCUGAUAUUAUGAAUGGAAAGAAACUCGACUGGCCAUCGGGACCAUUCUGACGUUUAGACACUGGUACAGUAUGUUUGGGGUGUGAAUGUGGAUUGAGUAAGGUUUGUUUUGUAAUGAAUAAAGUGCAUUUAGAGUAUUAUAUACCAACAUGGUGUCCAGUAUCUGCCUGCUCCCCAUCCUGUAGGGAGACCUCUAUUGCGGGGUCCAACAUGUGGUGGAGAAUGCGGAGCGGGGUGAGAUAUUAAUGAGUGAUGGAUUUUGAGACAGGGUCUUACAGUGUUGGGGGAGUCCUUAUUUAAGGCUAAUAAGGGUGACUCCUUAUUUGUGAAAUUUGUGAGGAAAAAAAAACAAUGAAUGGGGAGACUGUUAAAACACUGUUUAAGAAGAGAUGUAAAUAGGUGGAAGAAGCACCCCAGUGGACUAAAGUUAAAGCCCCUUCUCCAUUAGAGAAGGAGAUUAGUGCAUUUGGGAUGUGCCCUUGUAUGGAAGGUGCAGUGGAACCUUAUGUAAUAUUUGAUACCUUAGAAAACAUGUCUGAGAAAUAUGUACAGCUGUACAAGCCUAAUACCAGUAAAAAGCAAACAGCCGUAGUAUGGCUGUUGUGGCAAGCUGUAAAAUAGGCAAUUGCAUGUCAGGGGGAAAUCUGUGCAGAGUUACAAACAGUACAAGAGAAUUUUAAAACUUGCCAGGAAAAUUUGGAGCAGGAAGUGAGGCAGGCACGGAUAAUGCAAACUCAGUGAGAACAAAUGGGGAAACAAAAUAGGAAUUGGAGAAAAGAAUGCUGGAUUGGGAAAAGAUUAAAGCAGACGAAGAUAAAUUAGACCAUCAAGUGAUAGGAAUGAAACAGUUAAUUUGAGAUUUGACCUAGGAAAAGGAAGAGGAGAUUGCAAGUGUUUCCCACAGUCUGUGCCAGAAAACUAUAACAGCAUUGAAAAAGCAAGUGAAAAUACAGGAACUGCAGGUUGCAGCUGUGUGUCAAAAAGAGAGAGAUUCCUGAUUCCAAUGAUAUUUGGUAAGAAGAGGAUCUGCGAGAGGGUCAAGAGAAAAGGGAAUUUAAUCAACCUCGAGAGGGGCUUUAUACUAAGUUGACGGAAGAAAUAAGAAAGUUGCUGGAAGAGCCUAAGCCAGAAAAGUCUGUAGCAGCGAUGGAACCGAGAUCAACCAUUAAGGAUGCAGAGGGGGAGAUGCAGUCAAAGGCGACACAAAUAAUUCUUGCAAGUUCGCCAGAUUUACAGUUGAUGGUAAAAUCAUUAGGCCCAGUGGGUAUAAAAAAUUUAGCAACAUGGCUAGUACAGUGGGCAGAGUUAGGCGUAACAGAGGAUUUAAAUAUGAGUGAAUCUUAUAGGUUAAUCAGGGUAACUACCACUGGACAGAUUAGACAGGCAGUAGAUCAAGUAAAAAAUGCUUCGGACAGGCAGCCAGAAGCCCACCAACUGAUACCACUAUUUAUUAUGCUGUUAGGAAAAGAGAGAGGUCAAAGACCCAUGAAGGCAUUAUCCAGUGCAGAUUACAUGAAGCCUGGAGAUUCACCCAGGGGUUACCUGUUAAAGAGAAUAACAUUGGGAUUAUUGGCUGGAGAAAUACAGCCAGUGACUAAUCCCAGGGCAGAGGUCACCAGACAUCUCACAGCUGAUUCUUUGAUGGCAGUUGAUUUGAAUCAGAGGGAAUUUUGGAAUGAUGUGUUUGAAGGACUGGAGAGAAAUUUAUUAGCGAUGUCUACUAAUUUGGUGAACCAAGCAGCCCAAGAGGAGGGGUUAACUGUUAUGAAUGCACUGGAGCACUGGAUAGUUUGCCAACGAAUGAUGAGAGGGAGAAGCCGGAUAGAAGGAUUGAAACAUAUUCAGAUAAGAGUGCUUAUAGAUCAGGAUACCGUGAGAGAGGAAGAGGCCGCGGUACAGGACAAAACACCCCACCCCAAGGAGGUAGAGGAUGGAAUUAUCAAAAUGAGCUUCAGAAGGGAGCAGAUGUGACUCGGAAUAUCGCUUGGAGGCUGCACCCUCAAAUCUCAUACCUCCUGGCACACGGCUCCCCGCACCCUAUGCUCCCCUCCUUCACCCAGCCCAGGAUGGGCCCCCUGCCUCUGCUCAUCUACCUGUGCACAGUGCUGGUACCGAGCCGUGGAUUCAGCGUGGACGUGGAGGUACCCAUCACCUUCCAGGAGGCUGCCGCGGGGUUUGGGCAGAGCGUGGUGCAGUUCGGGAGUGUCAGCACCGGGGGGCUGCUCGCCGGGGCCCCGCUGCAGACAGGAGAAGUGAAUGAAACCGGCAAAGUCUACAAGUGCAACCCGGGCUCCAGAAGCUGCCAGGCGAUCCCCAUCCAGAGGCCCCCGGAUGCAGUGAACAUGUCCCUCGGAUUGUCUCUGGCUGCCCAUGGCUCCAAUCUCCUGGUGUGCGGCCCCACGGUGCACCGGGCCUGCGGGGAGAACAUGUACAUCAACGGCUACUGCUUCCUCCUGGACCAGAGCCUCCGGCAGGUCCAGCGCAUCCCGGACACCCAGGCAGAGUGCCCCAGACGUGCCACAGACAUAGUGCUCCUCAUGGACGGCUCGGGCAGCAUUGUACCUGAUGACUUUACAAAGAUGAAGACGUUUCUCGCUGAGAUCAUGAAGCGUUUCCGCAGCACCGACACGCAGUUCGCCCUCAUGCAGUACUCGCACAGAUUUAGAGAGCACUUCGACUUCUUCCAGUACAGGAAGCGUCGCGACCCCGAUCGCCUCCUCAGGUCGGUCAUGCAGCUCACGGGAGCAACGUACACAGCCACAGCCAUCCGGAAAGUGGUGCAGCAGCUGUUCACCUCUUGGAAAGGAGCUCGGGAUGAGGCCACCAAGAUUCUCAUUGUGAUCACAGAUGGGGAGAAAUCUGGAGACCCGCUUUCUUAUUCAGAUGUCAUACCUGAGGCUGAGAGUGCUGGGAUCAUCCGCUAUGCCAUCGGGGUCGGUGAUGCCUUCUCCAGCACUGCUGCCCACCAGGAGCUUGAGGAGAUCGCCUCUGAGCCCACUGAUGAGCACGUCUUCCGGGUGGACAAUUUCGACGCCCUCCAGGGCAUCCAGAACCAGCUGCAGGAGAAGAUCUUUGCCAUCGAAGGCACCCAGUCCCAGAGCGGCAGCUCUUUCCAGCUGGAGAUGUCCCAGGAAGGAUUCAGCUCCCUGCUGUCCCCUGACGGGCCUGUGCUGGGAGCGGUGGGAGCCUAUGACUGGUCCGGUGGGAUAUUCCUGUACGGGAGCGGCGGGCAGCCGAGCUUCAUCAACGUAUCCAGAACCUCCACUGACAUGAAUGAUGCUUACCUCGGUUAUUCGUCUCAGGUCAUCACAGCCAAUGGGCAGAGCAGCUACGUGGUCGGGGCCCCUCGCUACCAACACACCGGCAAAGUCGUCGUGUUCUUCCGAGAUACCAAGGGUGGGGAAUGGACACGCAGAUCAGAGGUGCUGGGAGAGCAGAUUGGCUCAUAUUUUGGGGGUACACUGUGCGCUGUGGACCUCGACAGAGAUGGGAACACGGACCUGGUUCUAAUCGGAGCCCCCAUGUACCAUACACCUCUGAAUGGAGGACGGGUCUAUAACUGCCUGAUUAACUGGCCGGGGAUGACACUGAUCUGCACCAAGACACUGCAGGGGCAGAUGGGGCAGGCGUUCGCACGCUUUGGGGCCAGCAUGUCCGAAAUCGGGGACAUCAGCGGGGACGGACAGACGGAUGUGGCUAUCGGGGCCCCCAUGGAGAGCGACAAUAGCGGGGCCUUGUACAUCUUCCAUGGGGAAAAGGGAGGCCUCAAUCCCCAGUAUAGACAGCGCAUAGAGGGGUCACAGUUUCCCAGCAGGCUGCACUACUUUGGCCAGGCCGCCAGUGGCGGGACAGACCUGACGGGGGACGGACUGCCAGACAUCGCGGUGGGGGCACAAGGGCAGGUCCUGCUGCUGAGGUCCCGGCCGGUGCUCAGAGUCAGGGUCUCCAUCAGCUUCCAGCCCCCCAUGAUCCCAACCUCGGCCUUCGACUGCCAGGAGCAAGAGCAGCUUGACACGGAGGCCAGCAGGGCAAAUAUCUGCUUCACCGUCACUAAGGGCACCAGGGACAGCCUAGGCAACGGGAUCUCCAGCACCAUCCAGUACAGCCUGUCCUUGGACCCCGGGAGGACGAAGAUCCGAGCCGCCUUCGACUCUACCGGCCCCGUCCUGAGCAGGGAACUGCGGCUCGGCAUUGAGACGAAAUGUGAUCCGUAUAAGAUAAAGCUACCUCUCUGCCCUGAGGACACCCUGACCCCCAUCACCCUACGCCUCAACUACACCCUGACGGGGGAACCCAUCACUUCCGCCAGCCGCCUCAGACCCAUCCUGAGUGAGGACUCCACGCGGGUGUCUGCAGGCUCGCUCCCGUUUGAGAAGGACUGUGGCAGUGACAAAGUCUGCACUGAUGAACUACAAAUUUCCUUCAAUUUCUCAGGCUUGAGCACCCUGGUGGUGGGGGUCAUCCCCGAACUCAACAUCACCGUCUCCAUCCAGAACCGCGGGGAGAAUUCCUACAGCACCACAGUGCGGUUCUUCUACCCGGCCGCGCUAUCCUACCGCCGGGUCCUGCUGCUCCAGUCCAACAGGAGAGCCGUGGCCGUUAAGUGCAGCUCAGCCGUGGGCUCCGAGGAACAGACUCAGAGAAACAGCACCUGCCACAUCAACCACCCCAUCUUCUGGAGCGGGGCUGAGGCCGUCUUCGUGGCCACCUUCGAUGUCUCCUCUGAGGCCGACCUGGGGGACAGGCUGCAGAUCACGGCCAAUGCCAGCAGUGACAAUGGCGGCCCCAUCACCGAGCGCAUGAAUCACCGGGCGGAGCUGCCGGUCAAGUACGGCAUCUUCGUCAUCCUCAACAGCCUCGAGGAGUCGACCAAGUACGUCAACUUCUCUGUCAAGGACGCAGAGACAAGUAUGCCAGUGACACAUGGGUACGAGGUCAAGAACCUGCGGCAGCGAAGCGUCCCCAUCUCGGUCACGUUCCAGUUCCCCGUGGAGCUGAGCGGGGUCCGGGUGUGGGACGCCUCUGAGGUCGUCCCCUCCAAGCCCCAGCUGGCUCAGUGCACCAGUGAGGCUGAAACGCCGGGUUCGAAGGACUUUGUGAAGCAGAUGAGCGAGCGCCCCCUGCUGGACUGCUCUGUGGCCACCUGUAAGAAGAUCCGGUGCAGAAUCGCCUCCCUGGAAAUGCAGCAGCCGCUGGAGUUUAUGAUCAAAGGGAACGUCAGCUUCCAGUGGGUCUCCCAGACUCAGCAGCAGAAAGUGAGUCUGGUGAGCGAGGCCCGGAUUGAAUACGAGGAGAGGAAAUACACCCAGAAGGAGGGAUUCAUCCAGCGCCAGGUGCAGACGGUGGUGGAGCACUCCGAGGUCUAUAACUACCUGCCCAUCAUCGUGGGCAGCAGCGUGGGGGGCCUGGUCCUGCUGGCUCUCAUCACUGCAGCCCUCUACAAGUUUGGCUUCUUCAAGCGCCAGUACAAGCAGAGGAUGGAGGGUGAUGGGGCCGAGCCGGCCCAGAGCGGUGCCUCCCCUCCCCCCGGCGCCCCCAAACAAUAGCUCCACCCACAUCACCCCCCAUGGGCUGCUCCAGAUCCACACACCAAACUGACAAGCAGGACUUGGAACAAGCCUUCAGAGCAUCCAUGGGGGGCUGGGAGCCAGGACUCCUGAGUUCUAUCCCCAAUGGUGGGACGGGAGUGGGGUCUAGUGGGUUAGAGCAGGGGGGCUGGAGCCAGGACUCCUGGGUUCUCUCCCAGAAGUGGGAGGGGAGUGGGGUCUAGUGCAUUAGAGCAGGAGGGGCUGAGUCUCUCUGCACCUCAGUUUCCCCACUUGUAACGUGGGGAGAAUUAUCCUGCCAUUUUCUAUUUAUACUGUGAGCUAUUUGGCGCACGGCUUGACUCUCACUGUGAAGAUGGCACUCCCAGAGUAAUGGGGUGCCUUGAUCUCAGCUGGACUCCUUGCGGCACCGGGGCCCCCAUCUCAUUCAGGGUCUCGAGGUGCUAUUGGAUAACGUCCAAUAAAGCCAAGCUCUCGGAGUCAUUCGCCUGCCUUGCCAGAUAUCUCAGGUCGUUUCAAACCAUCCCCAAAUCCAACGGGUGCGUUUGUGGACGGGAAAGGGGAAUGUGGUGUGGCUCCAGGCCAGGCUUCCAGGCCACGCAAGGGGACGAAAUCACUCGCGCCACGUAUUGUCAUGGAGCUCUCUGCUCGCAGCUCGACGGCACCUCCUCGUGGCCACUCUGGGGAUAACUCUGCCCGGCUGAUGCCCCUUCCAGUGGUUGCAUCCCAUCACUCUCUGGUACUCUCAGUCUGUGGCCCUGCUCUUGCUGGCUGCUACCUCUUCAUGACUUGCCCCUCCGGCCAGCUCACUAAGUGGAUUCCUUUGCUGGGGUAGGACACUUUCCAGAUCUCUCCAGCGAAAGCACACUCAACUGUCCUCGCACCCACUGCCCUGACCCUGUCCCUUCUGCCGUGACCCAGACAGCCUGCUAGCUGGCUGCCCCUGGCAGUGCCCCCCAGCAGGGGAACCCAGACCUUCCCUCUUCUCUGGGUUCCACCCCAGGGCCCUUUACCAGACAGUCAAAGUCUGCACAUCUUCCCUAACCUCACUGUUUUCACCCCUGGACCACUUCCUACCUUGCUUCCCCACAUCCUAGUCAGCCCCCUCUCUCCUAGGUCUCAUGGAUUCCUGCCCCUCCUUUCCUCUCCCUUCCCUGCCACACCUCACUCUGCAGCCCUCUCUUUGGUAUCAGGCUCUUGGCUUGAUGUAAACCCUGCCUGGUCCCUCACAAAUGAGCCUGCAUCCAAUUAGCAGCCUCCCCGUAGCCUAAAUCUCUCCCCUGUUUGCCACUUAAUUGGGCCUGCCUGGCCUAAUUCAACCCGCUCAGGGCCGGUGUGGGGAGUAAGUCCCUUCACCCUGAUUGAAAAGGACACAGUAAAUUCCCUCCCCAGCAGAUUUACCCUGAGGAACUCCCUGUCACAUGAAGUGAGGAGGCCAAGCGCUGUGGUUAGGGAGAAUGAGAGGUUGGUAUAGACCCUGAGCUGUGUGAGGUCGUUUCAUAGGAGCUGCAAGCCCUACCACAAAGUGAUGGCAGCUAGCGAUCAGUCUAAGCGGCUUAUCGAAAGGAAGAUCAAGAGGUCACUCGGUUGCGGUGUUAGGAGAAAAUCCCAUGUUCUAAAGAGCUCUGGCCCUAGGCUCACCCCCCACGUUGCCUCUGACACCACUCCAGCCCCCAGCUGCGCAGCCAGACCCCAGGCUCCAGCCCUGGGCUCAACCUCCACCAUUGCUCUGUCCCCCGCUGCUUCCUUCAGCCCUCUACCCAGCCCCCAUCCUCCCUGCCCCCCUCCACCUCCCCAUCUAGGGCUUAAUGUGUCCCCUAGCUUGCUGGGGCUGAGUAAGUCUGCUGUGAAAAGUGAUAUUAACAAAUAUACAACUCUCAGUUUUCACAGUAGCAGACUUACUAGCUAGCAAGUCUGAAAAAAAUAUCAACCGAAAAAGCAAAACAUGCAAAGCACAUUAUUUGUGUUUCUCGUCUGUUUAGGUCUAAAGAAUAGAGACAAUUGUACAUUAUUUUUAUUAUUGAGUCUGCAAAAAAUAACCCUACGUAAAUAAAUUACAGUGAUUUGGA